UUGUUACCUCACCAGUCAAGACAGCGCAAGGUCGUCGUAGCAGCAGUUCGCCGUAAACAUGAUGUCUCUUGCUGCCCGGUCUGGGGCAUUUUCCCCUUACAUGCAAGCUACAGCGGUUGCUGUCGCUGGUCCCCUAAAAGCUCUGGUACCUGGGGUUGUUGUGAAGGGAGAGAAGAUUUUGUUGGACCCGAAAAAACAGUUCCUCUGCCGCGAAUCGCUCAACGGUCAAAGCCCAAAGACGGGGCCUGCUGUGACUGUUAGCAUUAAUGGCUGUGCAGGGGUCCGAUUUGCCCACACAGAUGUCAGGGUACCAGACUUCUCUGACUACAGGCGCCCAGAUGUGCUCGACCCCAGCAAGUCCUCCCAGGAGAGCAGCGAGUCCAGAAGAACCUUCUCAUACCUGGUCACCGGUGCCACAACCGUGGUGGGCGUCUACGCUGCCAAGACGGUGGUCACUCAGUUUGUUUCUUCCAUGAGCGCCUCGGCUGACGUCCUGGCCCUGUCCCAGAUCGAAAUCAAGCUGAGCGACAUCCCUGAAGGCAAGAACAUGACCUUCAAGUGGAGAGGCAAACCGCUGUUUGUCCGUCAUCGCACAGAGAAGGAGAUCGCCACAGAAGCCGGCGUGAACAUGGCAGAGCUGCGCGACCCUCAGCACGACAACGACAGGGUCAUCAACCCCCGCUGGGUCAUCGUCCUCGGGGUGUGCACACAUCUGGGUUGUGUGCCCAUCGCCAACGCUGGUGACUUCGGAGGUUACUACUGCCCCUGCCACGGCUCUCACUAUGACGCCUCGGGCCGCAUCAGGAAAGGCCCCGCCCCCCUCAACCUUGAGGUUCCCUCCUACGAGUUUCUAGACGACGACACUGUGAUUGUUGGAUAAAUCACACUCCUCAGACUGAGCUCUCAUUGUACAACAGCUUUCACUUUGUCAGCAGCAUCAGUGUGGUAGACAUCUUUUCAAUAUAGUGAUGCAUUGGAGGAAACGUUGAGGUGUAAUAAUGCUGUUUAUGUCUUGUUGCUUCUGCCAGCUGUUCACAUCAAUAACAACUGGUACAUGUGGAGAUGUUUUUAUGCUGCAGUGUGUUUCACUCAGUGAACAUGACGGAUGUUGUUAGUCCUCUGAUUACUUUACAUAAUGCUGCUUUUAAAUGCAAAUCAUUUACAAUAUGGCAUCUGAGUUAAAUAGGUGAACCCUUGGAGGAUGCUGUCCUCUUCCUUUCCCGCCCCUGAAGGUCACGUCAACAUGAAAUGAAAACACCUGCUACUCUUAAGUUAUAGUUCAUCUAAUUUGCAAAGAACAAAUGUGUUGAGGCCUGGUUAAUAAAGAUUUCUAUUUUAUUUGACAACCUGCA